UCCGCAAUCGCAAUAAUCUGAAAAAGUAGGUCCAUCAUGGCUGCGCCCAUAGAGUGACACCGGGAUUUUGAAACGAAGUUAAUUUGGUACAAAAAUCUGAAAAGAAAAUGUCAAAAAGAAUUGCUGCUAACCAGCUAACUGAUCGUAACUGGGAUGAAGAGGAGGAGGCUGAAGAGGCUGGUGUAUUUAAACAAGCUUCAACCACUGUCCUUGAACAGAGACAGAUAAAGAAAGCCAAGAGGAGAGGUAUUGGAGGAAGCACUGAUUCUAAUGGAGGCACUUCUGCAUUUAAGGGGUUCACUGGUUUUGCUGGGCUUGCUUCAAGUACGGGUCCUGAGGCACCAGCUUUCAGUUUUGGCAGUAAACCACUGACUGGUUUAUCAAAUGGAGCUAAAAGCACUAAGUCGAGUGAAAAUCCUGAUAAGAUUUCUGUAUCUGCAGAGAAAUCUAAUGACUCAAAUGGUGGAGAUGCCAGCAAAUCAAAAGCCAAGUUGCCUCGUCGAGAGUAUCUUAAACUUUUAAAGAAUCUUAAUGAAAGUCUUGCUCGCUGGGUCCAGCAGCACGUGGAAAAGAACCCAUACUGCAUCCUGACUCCAAUAUUCAAAGAUUAUGAGAAACAUUUAGCUGAAGUUGAGAAGAAAUACCCGGAUGAAGCUAAAGAAGAAGCUAGUGAAGAAGAUGCUAAACUUUCACUGCAGGACAAAAAGGAAGAAAAAUCAACUGUUACUGUAGUACCACAAACUGAAGAGAAAGAGGAAAAGAAGCCCACUUUUGGUGGAUUUACUUUUGGUGUGUCCCCACCUGAUGCUACCAAGGAUUCACAGCCCAAACCAGCAUUCAGCUUUGGAGUAGAGAGUGAUGCAAAAGCUACAAAAACAGGUGGCUCAAUAUUUGGAAGUAGUACUACCUCAGUAUUUGGAUCAGGGUUACAGCCCUUCUCAUUUGCUGUCAAUAAACCCACAGAGUCCACUGGAAAAGAUGGUUCUGGGGGAGAGACAGGGGGAGAUGGUGAAGAAGAGGAGUAUGUUCCACCUAAAGCAGAAGUGAAGCAAGUAGAAGAGGAAGGAGCAUUGUAUACAAAAAGGUGCAAGUUGUUUUACCAAAAAGACAGCACUUGGGUUGAAAAGGGAGUGGGUAAUCUGCAUCUCAAGUCUUCUGAUGGCAAAACACAGCUUAUCGUGAGAGCGGAUACCAGUCUAGGUAACAUCCUGUUGAACAUCAUGCUGACAUCGUCCAUGCCAGUGAGACGGCAAGGUAAAAACAAUGUGACAAUGAUGUGUAUUCCUAAUCCACCCAUUGACCCCAAGGUCACUGACAGUAAACCCACAAUGAUGCUGAUCAGAGUGAAAACUGCAGAGGAUGCCGACGAGCUGCAUGAAAAAAUAGCAGAGCUAAAGGGCUGACAACCACAGUCCAAUAGCCACUUAAGAAAAUUGAUAAUUGGGUGAUGUGUUGGCUAUUUGUUUGAUAUAUAUGUAAAGGGUUGUUUUCUUGACUAUUCAACAUAAUGAUAAUGAUAUUUUGAUGAUGCAUAAAUUUUGCAAUUAAAACAUAUCAGUGAUGCAAUUUACAUCAUAAUUCACUCAUAUUUGAAUGCUUCAUCAAGAAAUCCAUUUGUCAUUUUCAGCAUCUCUGGCUUUGUAAAAUGAACUAAUGGUUAUAAUAAUGGCUAUCUAGCAGCUUCAGUUUGAUGUCACUUAUUACAUAUAACAGUUAAGUUGCAUUGCUUUCUGGAGACAAAGCUUUUGAGUGCGUUUAAGUUCUGAGAUAAGUUUGUGAGGAGCCCAGAAUUGUGGUUUCUGUGAAGUUGAUUAUCUCAUAAGUUCAUUGUUGCAUAUGUUUUUUUAAUAUAUGUCAAGUCUUUUGAGGUAUUUAAAACCUCUACAAUUAUUUGGAUAUUUUGCUGUCUGAGACAUGCCAGGACCACUAUUGUAAUUGAAAGUAUUUUACUCACUCACAUAAUUUACAUAAAUUAUAUCAGUGGCACUGAGGCACUCUGGUGCUUUCAUUGCUGAAAAAUAUCUUUUUGGGAGUUGUCAGUUUGUUAAUCCUUCAAGUCCUAGAUUUGAAGUAAAAUAACAGGUCUUGUGUGAAGUUCUGGGUCUCUGGCCUUAUGUUGUAGCUUGAGAGUAAGGAUAAUUAUUUGUCAUUGGAUGAAUGUUGUUAUAAUUUUCUCUGUUCAGAUCAAAUGAAAUCAAGUAGUGUGACAUUCCUGUUAUCAAGUCAUUAUAAUGAAGCAUUGUUACUGUAAAAACAGCAUUCUACUGAUGCUGAGGAUGAAUUAAUAUACCUUGCUUUUCUCAGCAGUUCUAAAAAAGUGGGCAAGGACAAUUUGAGUGUAAUAUUUAGGGCACAGACAACAUUUGCUUGGUUUUAUCUCAGUUUGUUCAUUUUUUGACAGCGAAGGAGGGGGAGGGGGAGUUAUGUCUAAAGCUUAUGAAGUAGGAGCAUGUGCUCACUGUAUUCUACAUCAUACUGACCUCAUUUGGUUAUUUAUGCCAUAGUGACACAAAGAAUCAGAAAGCCGCAAACACAAGUUAGUUGAUCUCAUGCUACGUGCUAUUGUUAAUCACAAUGCAUUUCUUUCUCAUGAAAAAGAACCUGGUAGUUAGUUCCAAGUCUUGAACCAGUGCAUUACAAUAUGAAAGAAUUAUUGAUUUUUCUGGGUAACCCUACAUUAGGGGACACAGUUGGAAAAUGUCUGUCAGGUUUUUCAAAGUUAAAGCCUGCACUAUUGUUUCGCCAGCAAAUGUUCAGUGAAGAAUUUGUAUAAAGUGUAUCUACAAAGUAUUGCUAACAGUCUGCUUCUCCAUGCUUUAAAAUUACUUUAUGGUUUGCACAUUUAUGUAUGUUAUUUGUUGUGUAGUAGUUGGAUAGAAAGUAUAAUAUUUUAGCAGUCAGAUAAAUUGUAUUAUAUAAUCCACCUGUCCUUUGGAUAUUCUUCACUUCUCUGACUUUAAAUUUUAUACUGGUGCAUAUAUGUCUUCAACAGCGAUAAUGCAGUAAUGCAGAUAUGCUUGAAAAACAUCUCAUAUAUGACACACAAAAGGAUUAUUGUUACAGUAGCAACAUGAAAGGCAAAGGAGAGUCCAUUUAUGUAUUUUAGUUACACACCCACCAAGGCGUUUGUGUAUUUAGGUCCCUUUGCCAUUAUCCUCUUUCAUUAAAGUUUUAUAAAAUGUUGGUUUACAAGGUUAAUAGUUUUACACUCUCACCAAAAUAUAUUGACUCGGAGAUAAACCAGAUAAAUGUAGUAGUAGCUUGUGUAAUUAUCAAAUAUAUUACAUAUAUGAUACAGUGAAUUGAUUUGAUAAUGAUCAUUUGUUCCUAUUUUGCAUGCAGGAACAAUGUGUGAUAGCUCUAGUUAUGAUAAAUACUAAAUUCCAAAGAAAUAGAUAAUUUUGAUUAUUAUUUUUCAUAAAAAAAGCUCCCACAAAUGUAAAUGGCAAUAAACUGUUUAGCAUUAUCA